CUUCUCAUGAUCUCGGAAGUGUACCCUCAGAAUCCUCAAAACAGUCCUCAAGAUGAAGUACUUUAGCCGUGCCAUCCUCUUUCUUCUACCAGUCCUCAGUAGCACUGCCGAAGCCGCAUCUAACGCGUCGAACAUUUGCUCGACAUUCGUAGCUAAGAACUCGACCGCAAAAUCCUAUCACAUCUCUUUUUACGACAAUGGCAACGGCCCCUCCGGCAACCCCUUUCAAAACGUCACUUUCCCGGCGAACGCAACUGCCAGCAGUCCUUGGAAGAUUGUCAGCCCAUCCCAUCACAACAAGAGUGCGCCCUUCACCCUUACGAAUUGUACUUUUACAACCCAGUCAAGCUGUACUCAUGGCGGCUGCUACAUAAAUUACAUCACAACCACCCAGAUCACGCACUCUAAGCGCUGCCUGACGUUCUCAACCACCGACGCCACCCAGAACGCGACAUUCUCAUUCCAGCCCUGCAACGGCGCGAACGCCACGGCUCAGCUCUUUGAGCUCUCGCAGGUCGUGAACUACAGUCCUGGCUAUGCGAGUAUCACGGCAUAUGGGGAGGUGGAUGUCAACUUGAUUCAGUUGCAGGUCGCGACGCAGCCGUUCCGGGCGUUUUGGAUAGGCGAUGAGGGGAGCAGCGAGAGGAGGACGAUUGAGGCGAUCCUUUAUCCGUAUACGCAGGCGGGAGUGGGGGUGAAGUUGAUUUAGGGAAAAGGCAUGGCGCAGAACGAGGGGUUAAUAGCACUUCAGCGAGUAGGAAAAAGGGCAAUAUAGAAAUGAUCGAAUAAUUUGCUUAAAUUGGUUUAAUACAGUGUUAG